GAGGUUGGCAGUCGGCAGACAGAAGAGGGACUGACAGGAGGUGAUGCCCAUAGGAGUCGCACAUGUACCAGGCAUCAUGUGUGGCCAGUGUGCCUGGGGUUAGAGCAGCCAGAAGAGCCGCGCACUAGUGAAAGCUCCUCCUCUCUCAGCACCGUGAGUAUCGGGCUCCUACAUAACGAGCUGGGGUGGCAGAUUGAUGAAGAGCGAUUUGAGCGCACGAUUGUUCCCCUCCCCUGCGAGCUGUACAAUGUGUGUGCGAGUGUAGCGGGGAGACUGGCCGAGUGCGCGCCCGUGUGAUGAUGAUGAUGAUGAUCUAUCGCUAGUAGGGACCUGCCACUGACUCCCCCGGGGACACGCACUAUGGUGGUACCUGCCCACUUGUAUCGCCACCUGGAACACCGGGACAAAUACGCACGAGUCGCCAGCAGUCGCUUGAACAAAGAGCAAAGCAUCUGUCGCCUGUGAUCAGUCGGUGUCGCACAGCCCCGCAGCCAUGGACGUGUAGCGAGUGAGCACUUCCCGGGCCCCAUGAGCAGAGGAGCCAGCCUCCAGCGCAGGACCACCUUCCACAUCUCUCUCACUCUGGUCAAACUAGAGGCUGUAGGGGAAGAAAAGAAGGGGGAGAGCAGCAGAGACUGGAGACAUGAGCCCCCCUCUCCCGGCAGCAGCUCCCCGGCUCUGGCCCAUUGCCUCUCACUGGACAGGGAAUUCCCAAACGUCUGGCUCUGGGCUGGGCCCGAUGCUGGUUCCAGGGUGAGAGAACAGCCCAGUUCGGGAACCGGCCUUGCAGUUGCCGCAGGGACUAAAAACAAGGUGAGCCGGAGCCAAGCGGCGCCUCUGCCCAGCAACACAACUUUCUCCCUCUACGGACAGACCGCUGCUCCCCCCGGCUCUGCUGCGCCCCGACCGCUACCGAAAGGAACCGCGAUUCCCACAGCUGCGCCCAAAGCUGCGUCCAAGGAAACACCCAGCCCAGCAGCCUGUGCCAUAGACUCCCGGACACACAGCGCCGAGGAACCGGGGAGCAAAGGCACAACUGCCGCCCGGGUACCAGCGAGUAAAGAAGCCGCCGGCUCUCCCUGCACUGGAACAUCGGCAUCGGCGGGACCCAAGCCCAGCAAUGCACCCACCAAGGCUCCCUCAGCUCCCCAAACUACAUUCAACCGGCCUCCCAGUCAUGCAGCACCUGCACCUGCACACAGACACAAUGACACCUGUGAUCCUGCAGCCCUGGCACCUGCUGCAAAGGACAUUGGCACAUCCUACUCUGCAGUCUCGGCAUCUAUUGCAAAGGACAGUACUGCAGCCUAUAUGGCAUCCCUGGCUCCUAAAAUUAAGUACAAUGAUACCCCAUCUCCCUCAGCUUCUGUUCCCUUACCUUCACCAGACCCUCAACCCUCAGCUAAGGAAUGUGGCACACCAGGCCCUUCACUAAGAUUAGCAGGUCCAGUUCCCAAAGCCAAUGACACUGACAUGUCUGGUCUUGCAGCACCUGCUAAAGACACUGGGAGAUCCGGGGCAACCUGCAGUCCCAUGACACCUGCAGCACCAACAAUGAAGGAGAAGGACUCAAGACCUACAGCACCUGUAACAGAGACUGCUUCAGUAAGCUUUAUUCCAGCUGCAAAGGGCAGCUACACAUCCACUACUGCAGCUCCAGUACCAACAUCAAAGAUCUGUGGUACAUCAAUACCUGCAGCUCCACUACUACCGCCAUGUGUGGCCAGUGGCACAUUAAAUUCUGCAGCUUCAGCAUCUAUAUCUAAGGGCAAUAGCCAGGCAGCUCCAGCAACCACACCUAAGUGCAGUGGCCAAUCAUUUCCUGCAGCUCCAGCUCCCACACUUAAAGCCAGGAGUCAAUCAGUUUCUGCAGCUCCAGUAUCCAUUCCUAAGGGCAGGAGUCAAUCAGUUUCUACAGCUCCAGCAUCCACUCCUAAGGUCAGCACAGUUUGUACUCCAACAACUGUAACUAAAGCCAGUGGUGUAUCAAGUCCUACAGCCUCAAUACCCACAUCUAAUGAAAUUGGAACAUCAAGUUCUGCAACGCCAUCUAUGGAUAGUGGCAAAUCAAGUUCUGCAGACCCAUCAAUGGCUCUUCAGGGCAGAGAUGUAUCACAUUCUGCAAACCGGGUACCUACAGCUUCUUGUGGUGAUAUAUCAGGUCCUGUAGUUCCAACUCCAACAACUGAAGAUAGUAAUACAAAGAGUUCUGAAACCCAGUUAGAAGGGGAUAACGUUGUCACCACGUCUAAUACCACAGGCCCAGUCAAAGACACUGCCACACCAGUGCCACCUGGCCAGAGAGAGUUUACCUUCGGAACAGCUCGGGUGAUCCGAGGUUCCCUCAUCAGGAGGCCAGCCUUGGAUUCUGAUGUGUCCCGAGAUUUAGUCAGCAGUCCGACUGUUCCUGUGCAAGGGGGCCGUAUAACAGAAGGAGUUAAUGCAGAGGCCUCAGCUAUUGAAGCUAAAGUCACCUCACGUAGCUUCAAGGCAGUAAAAACAGGUUCCACUGACACUGGUCCAUCAAGGGCUAAUAGAGGCCCAGUCAUGGCAGAGAAGUCCAGUAAAGAAUCUGAGCCAGAGGACAAGCAAUGUCCAGUCAUAAGCUCUGUACCCAGGGUAACUGCUCCUACAAUCAGUGCUGCCCGAACAGCAGCUGCCCUGUUUUCUGCAUCUCGAUCAGGAGGAGCACCUCAUACUGCUGCAAGGACCAGUGAGGCAAAAAUAACUGCUAUCCGAACUGCAGCUCGGGGAGCCAGAGCAGUUUCUUCAGGGGCAUGUACUGAGGACCAUGCCGGUAGAAAAACACCAAACACUGGCUUAGGGGAAAGAGCUCAAACCGGAGAUGCAGGAACCUAUCCAGGGGCAAAAGCAUUUGUCAUAGGACCAAAAACAGCCAUUGGGACAUCACCAGUUAAAGUUGCAAACAUUGCACCCAGGCCCAUGAGCUCCUGUGCAGACCCUAUACCUUCCACUGGAGUGAGAACUAAAGCUUCAACUGCUGUGAAAGCACCCUUUACUGGUACUGGUACAUACCCAGGGGCCAAAUCAUCUCUUUCUGGGUCCUUUACAUCCCUUGGAAGUAAAGCAUUGACUGAUGGCUCUGAAACUGUGGGUCCAUCUGCAGAAGAAAAGCGGAGUCUAGGGUUAGUUUCACCACAUGUUGUCCGCACCCCAGCUUCCUCUGCCUUAUCCCUUCCUCUCAGUCCUGGGGUCAUUCUGCCUGGGGAGGAGGAAGAGCUUACGCCAGAUAACGAGGAUCCUGGUAAGAGUAAGCGCCAGGAGCGACUAUUCCUGAGACAAGACGCCAUGUGGAUGAGUACCAGUGUUACAUCAGACUAUUUCUUACAGUCAUCUCCUGGGCGGCCUGGCAGCGGUGGAAGCUCCCCCGGAGGACACCGCCAAGAUCUUAGCCCAAAAUUCUUUUCAGGACCUCGCUGUUCAUUUAGCUCCCCAGGUAGCCCACUGCUUACUGCUACUUUUCAGCCAGGCACACCUUACAGGGAGGCUCCUGUGAAUGUGUCCCUUACUGUAAGCCAAGAGCAUGCAGGGGGGUCCACAGAAAGUUGCCCUCUGAUUGAACGUAGUGCCUCUUUGGGGGUAAGUUCAGCAGGAGUUCCUGAGGCAGGCGAGCUUGGGAAAGGACACCCCGUCCUUCUUACCCCUGGUAAACAAAAAGGUGGUAGAAUGAUGAAGCUUAAAGCCUCUAAGAGUCAGGUAGAGAAACCUACAGAGCAGCGAGAAAAGCUUCAAAGCCAGAAGAGUUUCUCUAACAGGCUUUCUUGGCCUGAGAAUGAGGGGGGUAAGAGCCGCUCCAAAUCCUCUACUAAGAGCAGCCCCAAGGUGGAGACACCCAAGCUGUCUGGAGUCACAGGCAAGAAUCUAUUGUCCCCUGCCUCAUGUGACCCAAAGGGUUUUAGGAAGGGGAAAAGUAAGACCGUGGACAAUAGUGACUUGGACCCCACUGCAGAGGAUUUGAAGAAGAGCCAAGAGAAAAGCUCACCCACAGGGGACAAGGCCAAGGCCACAGCAGCCAGAGAUAGGAAAAUGCUUAAAUUCAUCAGCGGGAUCUUUGCCAAGAACACUGUAUCCGUGGCCUCAUCAAUUUCACCUAAUAGUUUGAGCCCAGGAGAUGAGAGGGAUAUGCUUCACAAAUGUGUGAUGAACAGCCAGGAAUGGACAUUAAGUCGGACUGUACCUGAAAUCAGAGUGGGGAUUUUGGGCAGUACUAAAAGUGCCAAGUCUGCCCUUGUGCAUCGCUUUGUAACUGGUUCCUAUCAACCUCUAGAAGCACCUGAAAGUGCUCAGUUCAAGAAAGAAAUCAGUGUGGAAGGGCAGAGCUACCUCCUAUUAAUUAGGGAAGAAGCUGGAGCUCCAGAUGCCAAGUUUGCCAACUGGGUGGAUGCCGUCAUUUUUGUGUUCAGCCUGGAGAAUGAGGCAAGCUUUCAAGAUAUAUUCCAGUAUUAUGCUCUUCUGGCAAACUAUCGCAAUGUCUCAGACAUCGCUAUUGCACUUGUUGGGACUCAAGAUAAAAUUAGUGCAAACAAUAAAAGAGUGGUAGAAGAUGUGCGCGCUAGAGGUCUCUGCAGUGACAUAAAACGCUGUGUUUACUAUGAGACCUGUGCCACCUAUGGACUCAAUGUUGAUCGGGUGUUUAAUGAAGUUGCUCAGAAGAUGGUUGCAAUAAAGAGACAGCAACAACUCCUGUCAUGCAAGUCAUUACCAAGCUCUCCAAUUCACUCUUCUGGAUCCAUUGCAAUAUCAGUGCAGGCAAGUAAUGGAGGAACAACAAAUGAUUAUUCAUCAUCACUGCCUUCCACGCCAAACAUCAGUCACAGAGAACUACGAAGCGAGGUGUCCAUUGGGGUUAGUACACCCACGUCCCUCAAUCGGGGUGCUAAGAGGCGCACAAGCUUAUUUACAAAUCGAAGGGGAAGUGAUUUGGAGAAGAGAAGUUUUGAUAAUCGGGGAGAUGGUGUUGGUGGGGGUCGAGCUCUGCCAAUUAAACAGAGCUUCUUAUUGAAACGCAGUGGCAACUCUCUGAAUAAAGAAUGGAAGAAGAAGUAUGUUACCCUGACAAGCAAUGGGGUCUUGCUCUACCAUCCCACCAUUAAUGAUUACUUACAUAGUACACAUGGGAAGGAGAUGGAUCUAUUGCGAACUACAGUGAAGGUCCCUGGUAAGAGGCCUCCUAUAGCCAUGUCUGCCUGCGGCCCAUCCAAUAGCGUCAACGGCUUGUUAAAAGAUGUCAGCAGCUCUCCGGGGGGCAAUACUCCAAGUAACAAGGUGCAAUCAACAAAAAGCAGAUCCACUGGGGAUGUUAUUUCCAGCCCCACCAGCAACAAAGAUCCACCCUCUUCCCCAAUGAGUGAUAAAAAGAAGAACAAAAGGAAAAAGAACAUGACCCCUUCCAAAACAGAAGGAUCCGCUGGACAGGCAGACGCCAAACGCAAAAUGUGGAAGUUAAAAACAUUUGGUAGCUUGAGAAAUAUUUAUAAGACAGAAGAGAACUUUGAAUUCAUCAUUGUCGCUAGUACCGGACAGACAUGGCAUUUUGAGACUAGCAGCUUUGAAGAAAGGGAUUCCUGGGUACAUGCCAUUGAGAGUCAGAUUCUCGCAAGUCUGCAGUGCUGUGAGAGCAGCAAAAAUAAGGCUCGAAUGGACAGUCAGAGUGAAGCGGUCGCUAUCCAAGCCAUUCGGAAUGCUAAAGGGAAUUCAUUUUGUGUGGAUUGUGGUGCCCCAAAUCCCACCUGGGCCAGCUUGAACUUGGGUGCCCUGAUCUGCAUUGAAUGUUCAGGAAUUCACAGGAACCUUGGUACUCAUUUAUCUCGGGUUCGAUCGCUGGAUUUGGAUGACUGGCCCCUGGAGCUCACCCUUGUUCUAACCUCUAUCGGUAAUGAAAUGGCCAACAGCAUAUGGGAGAUGACAACUCAUGGAAGGACCAAACCUUUGCCUGAUUCCUCAAGAGAGGAGAGAGAAUCAUGGAUCAGAGCAAAGUAUGAGCAGCGAUUAUUUUUGGCCCCUUUGAAGAGUCCAGGGGUCCCUUUGGUGAAACAGCUUUUUAAGGCUGUACAAGAGAAAGACCUCGGCAAUGUACUUCUUCUUUUAGCCCACAGCAACAAGGAGCAAAUAAACGGAAGCACUGGAGAUAAAGACAAGCGCACUGCCCUUCAUGUGGCCUGUGAACUGGGUGAAGUUGUGAUCACACAGCUGCUCGUCUGGUAUGGCAUUGAUGUGAAGUCAAGAGACAGCAAUAGCCACACAGCCAUAUUGUAUGCUAAGAAAACUCACAGCCAGGAGUGUGUGGACAUUCUGCUGCAACAUGGCUGUCCCAAUGAGUCCACAAGUGCCCUGUCCACUCCCAGUCUAAGAAGGAAAAGCAGCUCUGCCAGCAUCGUGAGGACUGACUCCCGGACUGCCCUUGUGUAGCCAACAAUGUCUUUUAAGAAAGAGGAAAAUACUCACUGACUUUGCGCCAACAGAGAGAGGGGCUUAUCAAAUUUGCUCUUUUGUGCCAACAUGUUAUAUAUCCCACUGAUAAAGAAUUAAGCAAAAGUGUAAUUCUGAGUGUACAGAUGAAGCCACUUGGAUUUGUGAGAUAAAUGCGUCAUGACUCAUGGUUAAUUGAAGAAACUGCGUUAUCUAAAGUC